AUGCCCAGCUCCUUCAUUUUCUUCUGGUCCUUUCUUAAUGCUCUUAGCUUGUGGUUAGCCACAUGCCUUGCAGUCUUUUACUGUAUGAAAAUCAUUGACUUCACCCAGCCAUUCCUUGUGAAAAUGAAGCUAAGAAUUUCCAGGAUGGUUCCACAGCUUGUCCUAGGAUCAGUGUUGGCUGCCUUACUUGCCUCCCUUCCGUACAUCUUGUUAAAAAAUUGUUACUAUUAUUGCAAUGAGACAAAGGCUAUUUCCGUUUACAGGAAUGGGACAUCCUCAAUUUUGAUCCCCAACAACCUCAUUUCAGCUAUUAUAUAUAUAAUGGGGACUUUUCCUUCUUUUAUUAUAUUUCUAGUUUCUUCUAUCCCAUUGAUUAACUCCCUUCUGCGACAUUUUAGGAAGAUGAAACAGAACACAGAAGGUUUUCGGGACCAGAGGAUGGACGUUCAUGUGAAAGCCAUUAAAAACUUGAUCUCAUUUCUUCUCCUCUAUAGUGCAAGUUUUGCAUCUGAAAUUUCACUCACUCUGUUAUCCAAUCCCUGGACAAUUUACAUGUCAAUAGCUAUCGUUUCUGCAUAUCAUUCAGGACAUGCAAUCAUUUUGAUUGUCAUUAAUUCCAAACUGAAGAAGACACUAAGCAAAGUUCUGUGUGGUAGCAUGGACCAUUCUCUAGGAAAAACACUGCCGUCUUCUCCCAAGAUGCCCGAAGAAACUCUGCCUUGUUAG